AUGGCCGUUUGGAAUGCGACUGCCUGCACCUGCUAUCGAAAUGCAUCCUCCUUUUCUCCAUCCACCGCAACCGGAGCGCCGAAGGUACGUUGCGGCGGCGGCGGCGGCGGCGGCGGCUAUAAUGGCCCCGAUGACGCUGACGGCGGGACACGAUGCUCCUGUCUACGCGUCUCCCUCAUCACACAGAUCCUCUACGCCGUCGUGUUUUGCACCCGCUACGCUAACAUCUUAGGCGAGACAAUCCCUUGGAACGUGUUCUUCAAGGUCUUCUACAUCACCACCUCCUUCUACAUUAUCGUCAUCAUGCGCUGGGUCUACCCACGCUCGCGCGAGCUCGAGCUGGCCUGGAAGAUGGCCGCCGGUAUUGUCGUCAGUGCCCUGCUGCUGUCGCCCUUUGGCAUGCUCAUCUUUGUCAAGAAGAUCUCGUGGGGCUUUUUCAACUGGCUGUGGUCCUUCUCCGAGAUCCUCGAGUCCGUCGCCGUCCUGCCCCAGCUGCUGCUGCUGCGCCAGACCUCCAUCCCGACCGUCAUCGACUCCUUCUACCUGCUCGCCCUCGGCUCCUACCGCGGCUUUUACAUCCUCAACUGGAUCGCCCGCGCCGCCGAUCCCGAGGACGACCCCCCCAACGGCCUGUCCGUCAUCUUUGGCAUCAUCCAGACAAUCCUGUACCUCGACUUUGCCUGGGUCUACUGGACCCGCCAGCGCGUCAAGCUCCGCAACGGCGGCGUGGUCGACGCCGACGACAUCCGCCAGGGCUGGCUGCUCCGCCGCAUCUUUGGCAAGCACAUUGACCGCGCCCAUGACGGCCUCGACGACGAGGAGAGCGCGCCUGCUCUGGGACGCUCUGCCAGCGGCGCACGGGGCGGCGCACGGGGCGGCGGCCGUGGCGGGGCUGGCGGUGCCUCCAACAACAAGUGGGGCGCCCGCGGCAUCUCUGUCAGUGCCGACGACACCACCCUGGAGCACGAGCGUCUCUUUGAGGCCGAGCGCUUCGACGGCCACCACAACUUGGACGCGAGUGUCGAUCCCGACGCGCAGAUGCACGACCCCGAUGACCUGGCGCGUGCACUUGGUGACGACGACGACGACGACGACGAUGACAAUGGCAAUGCCAACACGGUCCACCGUAACGGCCACGGGGCGUACGCGGAUGCGGUCGACGGCGAUGACGACGAUGACAAUGGCAAUGCCAACACGGUCCACCGUAACGGCCACGGGGCGUACGCGGAUGCGGUCGACGGCGAUGACGACGAUGAAGACGAAGACGGCGCACCGCCGCCAGCGAACAAGAAGCGCGGCGCAACAAACGUCGGUGGCGUGCGGAACGACGAGUGGGACGAUUAA